GUUUCUGCCUCUCCUGACACACAAAGAUGGCUGCAGCUCUGACUCUCCUUCUCAUUGGCUCGGUGCUGCAAGGUGCCCUGUGUGGAGAGUUUAAGGUCAUAAUACCACAGACUAUAGAGGUUGUUAGUGGAUCCUGUGUGACCAUCCCCUGCUCCUUUGACGUGACGGCCCAGUAUGAAUCGAAGCUAGAUAACACAUGUAAAGCACUAUGGAGUAAAGAUGGAGCUUUUGUGUUUGAUAGCAGCAAGACACAAACAACUACAAACAACGGACAACUGACAGGAAACUUGACCAAAAAAGACUGCACCACAACCCUGAAAAACAUACAACCUGUUGACAACAACAAAAAAUAUUUUUUCAGACUGGAAUGCAGAGGCCUGAGUUAUACUUUUCCUGAUCAAAUCUCUAUUGCAGUCAGAGGUAUGUUUUAAACCCCAUUUACUUACAUUUCAUUCUCUUCCCUUGUGGAACUGCUUUAAUCAUAUUUUGGAUUUAUUGUUUUUGCAAACAGUAUGACAAAUAUAGAGAAAUGAUUGUUUAUUCAGUGACUGGUCAAAAUCUACCUUCCCACCAGCUGAUCCACCCAGACCGACUCUGACUCCGACUCCGUCCAC